UCCAGGUUUGCCAAAUCCAGUGUGCCAAAUCUACUGUGUGGCACACUGGAGGGUACGUAGUGAUCAGUGGAGAUAACUGGACUUUUUUCAGCUCAGUUUUGGGACAAAAAUAAGGCAAACGACAUCAUCGUCUGUCGUUGCCCCAUCGUUUUCCUUCCCCUACUUCCCUGGUGAGACUCAGAUUCCCUCCCUGCCACCAUGGUGGUUAUGAAGAUGAAGUUCCCCUUCCAGAAAAGAGUGCAGCUCGCCAAGGGACUAUGGCUCCUUUCCUUGAGUGGCACAGUGGCUGGAGCUUUAACCUUCAGCCUGGGCUGCAUCCUCAAGACAGAGCUGCUCAGGAGAGCGGAGGUAAUGGAUAACUCAAACAUUCAUGUGGUGCCCAACACCCUCAUGAUUGUUGGUCUGGCCUCUUUGGGUAUCAACUACUUUGCUUCAAAGAUCUGUCAGGAUGCUCUGGAUGCUGACCAAUUUCCUCGCUGGAAGAAAUUCCUGAAGCCAUAUUUUGCCAUCUCUUCUUUCUUCACUGUCCUCAUGCUGCUCGCAGUCAUCAUGAGCUUUGCAAUGACAGGCAGUCUGGAGUUUUCCCUGAAGCUUGGCCUGAGGAAUGGCAUCCGUUUCUACAAGGAUACAGACACCCCGGGCCGCUGUUUCCAGAAACAGAACAUUGACUACCUGCAGAUGGCUUUUGAGUGCUGUGGAAACAACGACUUCAGGGACUGGUUUGAAGUCCAAUGGAUCAGCAACAGAUACCUUGAUUUCAACUCUAAGGAAGUGAAAGACCGCAUCAAAAGCAAUGUGGACGGCCGUUACUUGGUCGAUGGAGUCCCAUUUAGUUGCUGCAACCCUACCUCUCCACGGCCUUGCAUCCAGUAUCAGCUCACCAACAACACUGCUCACUAUAACUAUGACUACCAAACUGAAGAGCUCAACAUCUACCUCCGAGGCUGCAGAGAGGCCCUGGUCAACUACUACAUGGGACUGAUGAAUACCAUUGGUACCGCAGUGCUGUCAGUCUUCCUCUUACAGGGAUCUGUGCUGGUCAGCUUGCGGUUCCUGCAGACCUCAAUGGAGGCAGUGGCAGGGAAGGAAAACACUGAGAUUGAGACAGAGGGGUACUUGCUGGAGAAAGGAGUAAAAGAAACCGUCAUGGAGUUUGUCGACCCUUUAAUGAAGUUCCUCCUGUUCACAAACAAGGUGGAAGAGGGCGAAUCGACCAGCGCAGCUACAACCUAAACCACAAAUGAUGUAGUCACAGAGAGGGAAAUGAAUAAGGAUUUUAAAAGUUUUAUAAUAAUGAAAGUGUCCAUGAAUUUGAAAGAUUAAGGGGAAGCAUUUUCUAUUUUGAGAUGACCACCACUGGUCAAAUUAUUGUAUAUUUUGUAGUUUCACAUUCAAAUUACAUACACUGACUGCAAAACAUAUAGCUUUACCCAAAGAAGUUACUGUAUGAUUUUCACUGUUUAGAAUUUAUUUUAAAUA